AUGACACAGGGCAACUCCUCCACCACCGAGUACUGCAGCCGCAUGAAGACCCUCGCCGAUGCCCUCCGCGAUGUCGGCCAUCCUAUUCAGGACUCCCAGCUUGUCCUGAACCUCCUCUGUGGCCUCAACCCGCGCUUCUCCAACACUGUUGACGACAUUGCCAACUCUACCACUAGCUUCCCGUCCUUCGCCCAGACGCGGGACAUGCUCGCCCUAAAGGAACUUCGCCUCGUCAAUGAGGAGAAGAUCUCCAACUCCACCGCCCUCCUCAUCGAGAACUCUUCAUCAUCUUCAUCCUCUGGCUAUACAGGCGGGUGUCGCCUGCCAUCUGGUUCUGUCCAGACUGGCGGCAGCGGCAGCAACAGUAGCGGUGGUAGCAGCGGCGGCCGCAUCGGCGGCAGCUUCCACAGCGGUAGGCCCCCUUGGCCCACUGACCUAUGGUUCUGCUUCAAUCCGGGGCCUGGCUCCUAUGGCGCCCGCAGUUUCCAGUAG